GCAGAUGGAAAUUUGGCAUCGAAUCAAACAUGGCGACUGCUGUGUCGCAAGUUAGUUCGCGUUUUGCUGGAAUAAAGAAGAAAUCUAUUCAACCAGAACUAGAUGUUGAUGGAAGAGUUAAGCAGGUUGAAAGCCGAGAGGACGAAGAACAGAAUGUUAAACUACUAGAGACUGUCGAUUUGUUGUUAGCUGCAGGAUAUUUCCGAGCAAGAAUUAAAGGCCUCUCCCCCUUUGACAAGGUUGUUGGUGGAAUGACAUGGUGUAUCACAUCAUGUGAUAUUGACCUAGAUGUUGACUUACUGUUUCAGGAAAACUCUACAAUUGGUCAAAAAAUAGCAUUAACAGAAAAAAUUGUUGCUGUUUUGCCGAAAAUGAAGUGUCCUCAUCGCCUUGAACCACAUCAAAUUCAAGGAUUGGAUUUUAUUCACAUUUUCCCAGUAGUUCAGUGGCUUGUGAAAAAGGCAAUUGAGACUCGUGAAGAAAUGGGUGACUACAUUCGGGAGUUUUCCAUGUCGCAAUUCAACAAGAAUUAUUCAACUCCACAGGAUUCAGAAUUUGACAACCGAAAAGACAAAUGUGCGACAUCAAUUUUGGAUGUGAAGGAUACGUACAAGCCCAAAAGAAUUUACAAGAAACCAGAAUCAUUCGAGUUUGCUGAUGAAGAAACCAGAGUGAAGACUACAUUACUUGAAUAUGGCUGGCAAUAUGGAUACAGCAAAGAACAGAAAGAGAAGAAAGACGCAAAGAAAAACAACAAAAAAUCUUCCCGUGCAGAAGGCGGGCGUCCGAAGAGUGAAUCUAUAGACAGCAACGAGGAUGAAUUUAUCAUCGAGCAGAAACACAUUAACUCUCUGAUGAGCAACAUGGCGGCAAUGCAAAGUAAAGAGGGUUCACUCUCGUCCAGUCUGGUCGGGUCAAUCGUUGGUUUACAGUCGGAAGAAAUUUCACAAAUGGCAUCUGAGUAUGCCGAGAAGCAAGCAGAAUUACAAGAAGGUAGUGAGAGAAAUGAGAGGACAAGCGGUGUACAGACGCACAAACGAAUGUUGGCUUCCUUAGAAAAGCAAAUUGCAAAUCAAGAGAAGAAAUUAGCACAAGUCGAAGAAAGACACGCUGAACUACAACAAGCUUGUAUUGAAGCGACGGAGGUUUUAGCGAAGAAAGAAGAAUAUGGACAGAGAAUCAAAGAGGAGAUGCAGACACUGACUGAAUUGGAAAAAGGGGAAAACGCAAGUAUUUAUCAAAAACUUCGAUAUCUUGUGGCUAUGAAUGAAAAUCUGAAGAAGCAGGAACAUCAGUUCAAAGCUCAAUGCAAGGAAGAACUUGAAAAAUUGAAGAACAAUAUCAAGAAUUUGAAAGAAGGUGGUGGAGAAGAGAAUGAGGAUGAAGAAAGAGCCAAGGUUAUUGAACAACAGUAUGAGGCAGACAAACAGAAGCUCCAGAAAAUAAGACUCGCUUUGGCAAAGAAAAACCGAGAGAUCGCAGUUUUGCAAAGAAAGAUUGACGAAGUUCCGUCGCGUGCUGAACUUUCGCAGUACCAAAGACGGUUCGUCGAGCUCUAUAAUCAAGUUGCGGCGACGCACAAGGAGACCAAACAGUUUUACACAUUUUACAACACCCUCGAUGACACUAAACUAUAUCUGGAAAAAGAAGUCACUUUGCUCAACUCUAUCCAUGACAACUUCAAUACGGCGAUGUCAUCUCCUGCUACGAAGACGCAGUUUUUGCAACAAUUUGAACAAAUUGUAAAUGGCGUUCUGAACAACAAAGGCAAGGUUGAAGAUAGGAAGUCGAAUGAGAAAAAGAAGAGAGAUGAACUAAAUGAACAAUACUUAAGUCUGGUUGAAAAGCAAAGACAGUAUUUCAAGACAGUUAAAGAAUUUCAAGAGGAAUGUAGAAAAAAUGAAAUCCUUUUAUCAAAGUUGAAGGGUCAUCGAGGCUGAAAUAUAUAUUUUUGAUACACAGCAGUUUUGAAUUGAUUAUAUUUUUAUUUUACUAAAAGAUUUCAUGCAAAUAA